CCUAGCUUUGUGUCCAUUCCCGCUUCUCUGCUCCAGCUUUCCGGUGACUCUCUGCUAAACCCUCUCUCUCUCUCUCUCUCUCUCUCUCUUGGUCCAUAGCCAUGGCCACCACAAGCUUGAACUCAAGUACAGAGCUUUCUAGGUCCUUGGCCGCUUCGAUUAGACCAUGUUAUCAGAGAAUCGACCGGAGCCGGCGUUUCGUAUGCCGAUUGCCGUCCGGGUCUUUCACCAAUAAGUUCUCGAAGCCUUCAAUGGAAGUUAGAAGAGUUAGGGCAGCUGAAGCUUUGAAGGGUAGAGGAGGUAUAAUUUCGAUGUCGAAGAGUGAGAGUGGUGAUACUGGUGUUGGUCUUACGUAUAAGGACGCCGGUGUCGAUAUCGAUGCUGGGUCGGAACUCGUUCGGAGAAUUGCUAAGAUGGCUCCUGGGAUUGGAGGCUUCGGGGGUCUUUAUCCUCUUGGUGAUUCGUAUCUCGUUGCUGGUACUGAUGGUGUAGGAACUAAACUUAAGCUUGCAUUUGAAACUGGUAUACAUGAUACCAUUGGGAUUGAUCUGGUUGCAAUGAGUGUUAAUGAUAUUGUUACUUCUGGGGCGAAGCCAUUAUUUUUUCUUGAUUACUUUGCUACAAGUCGCCUUGAUGUUGAUCUUGCUGAAAAGGUUAUAAAAGGCAUUGUUGAUGGUUGCCAACAAUCAGAGUGUGCUCUUCUAGGUGGAGAGACCGCAGAGAUGCCAGAUUUCUACGCUGAUGGCGAGUAUGAUCUUAGUGGUUUUGCGGUUGGUAUUGUAAACAAGGAUUCAGUUAUAGAUGGAAAAAGCAUUGUGGCUGGAGAUGUACUCAUUGGCUUGCCUUCUAGCGGAGUUCAUUCCAACGGUUUCUCUCUUGUAAGAAGGGUUCUUGCUCAUAGUGGACUGUCUUUGAAGGACAAACUUCCUGGUGAAGGUGUAACAUUAGGUGAAGCUUUGAUGGCACCAACUGUGAUAUACGUUAAGCAGGUACUUGAUUUGAUUAGCAAAGGAGGUGUAAAGGGGAUAGCCCAUGUCACAGGUGGUGGGUUUACUGACAACAUACCUCGAGUGUUUCCUAAAGGCCUUGGUGCUGUUAUUGACAUGGAUUCCUGGGAGAUUCCUGCUGUUUUCAAAUGGAUCCAAGAGGCGGGAAGAGUGGAAGAUGGCGAGAUGAGGCGAACUUUCAACAUGGGCAUUGGGAUGGUUUUAGUUGUGACUCCAGAAGCAUCCUACAGAAUUCUUGAGGAAGCUGCAAAUGGAGCAUACAAGGCUUACCGCAUAGGUGAAGUGGUAAAUGGCGAAGGAGUCAGUUAUUCUUGACUUCUCUGGAUAGCUGUCAAUUUAUGAAGCUGAGAUAUAAGAGAGCUGAGAAUGCAGCUCUACCAUUUUCUUGUAACUUCAACACAGAAAUUUUGAAGAUUUCUAUUUUUAUUUGUUUUAUUGCCCCCCUAACUUGGGCUUCAAGUUAUGUAUGCAUGCUUGGUAGA